UGAGGCAUCUCUGUAAGGACCACUUUCGUGUUUUUGCAGGUACUGUAAUAGGUGUUGUCAUUUAUACUGGAAAAGAGACUCGAAGUGUAAUGAACACAUCCAAUCCAAAAAAUAAGGUUGGUUUGUUGGACCUUGAACUCAAUCAGCUGACCAAAGCACUGUUUGUGGCUUUAGUUGCUCUCUCGGUUGUUAUGGUAACCUUACAAGGAUUUGUAGGCCCGUGGUACCGCAACCUGUUUCGGUUCCUCCUUCUCUUCUCCUACAUCAUUCCCAUCAGUUUGCGUGUGAACUUGGACAUGGGCAAAGCCGCAUAUGGAUGGAUGAUCAUGAAGGACGAGAGCAUCCCCGGCACGGUUGUGCGGACCAGCACCAUCCCCGAGGAGCUGGGGCGCCUGGUGUACUUGCUCACGGACAAAACAGGAACCCUCACCCAGAACGAGAUGGUGUUUAAGAGGCUGCACCUGGGGACUGUGUCUUAUGGAGCAGACACGAUGGACGAGAUCCAGAGCCACCUCAGGAAUCCAUACUCACAGAUGCAGUCUCAAGCUAGCGGGAAUGCUACCAGUUCAACACCACCAAGAAAGGCCCAGUCCUCAGCUCCCAAAGUGAGAAAAAGUGUUAGCAGUCAAGUCCACGAAGCUGUGAAGGCCACUGCGCUGUGCCACAACGUGACCCCCGUGUAUGAGCCUCGAGCCGGCGUGAUCGCGGAGGCCGAGUACGCAGAGGCGGACCAGGACUUCAGCGACGGGAACCGCACCUACCAGGCCGCCAGCCCUGACGAGGUCAGUCGGGGCCUCUUAGAAGGUCUCAGAUACAAACCUGCCUCAGAGGCACAAGAAUUCGUUCUUCCAGGGGCAUGAAUGCAAGGGGAGCUUUAUUAUCGUGUCUAAUGGUGCCUUAGCUCCAGGCCUGAAGGCCACAUGGCUCUCUCGGAUUCGUGCAUUUGGUCCUGGUGUGUCCACAUACCCCAGAAAGCCUAAGAGUGAGUUACUGGAAAACACAUGAGAAAAAUCAGAGUUUUACUGAUUUGGAAACUGAUCUGUGACCGAGUCAGAUCUUAAUAAAGCUGCUGGCGCCUGGACUGUUCCUCCCUCAUCAUCCCAUCUUCUUACUUCCACAUGAAUUGUCAGGCUUACGUGUUAAAUUUCCAGGUUUGUUCGUUUGUUUUGCCAGAAUUUAGCUAUAGCAUAUCUAUUUCAAAAGAGAAUUGGGCUAUAAAUCAUUUCAAAAAUCUACAGAAGACAGAAACAGUAAAAUCUUCAAUGUGGCAAAUUAGUCAUU